AUGGCGAAGGGGAAGGAAGAGUACUCGUGUGCGAUGUACAGCAACAAAUACUUCCAGCUGUGCGCGGCGGGCGGCGCCGUGGCUUGCGGCACCACGCACACCUUCGUGACGCCGCUCGACCUGGUCAAGUGCCGGCUGCAGGUCGACCCCGCCAAGUACAAGUCCAUCUUCAAAGGCUUCGGCAUAUCGUUCAGAGAAGGCGGCGCCGCCAACUUGGUGAAAGGCUGGGCGCCCACCCUCAUCGGCUACAGUCUCCAGGGCGCCGCGAAAUUCGCAGGCUACGAAUAUUUCAAAUACAAAUUCGCAACUAUGGUCGACGAAGAGACCGCUUACUUGUACAGGACGUAUAUGUAUCUGGCGGCGUCGGCGUCGGCGGAACUCAUCGCGGACGCCUUCCUCGCGCCCUUCGAAGCCACCAAAGUGAGGAUGCAGACGACGCCGGGGUACACGUCGCAGAUGAGGAGGGCCAUGCCGCACAUGAUGUCGACGGAGGGCUUCGGAGUGUUCUACAGAGGGCUGACGCCGCUGUGGGGGCGCCAGGUGCCGUACACGAUGAUGAAGUUCUCCUCCUUCGAGAAGACGUUGGAGUACCUGUACGCGAACGUGGUGCCGAAGCCGCGCGAGCAGUGCACCAAGACGGAGCAGUUGGUCGUGACGUUCUCCGCGGGGUACAUCGCCGGCGUGCUGUGCGCGAUCGUGUCGCACCCGUCGGACACGAUCGUGUCGAAGCUGAACAAGGAGCCGAGCGCGAGCAUCGGCGGCAUCCUGCGCGAGGUGGGGAUGGUGGGCAUCUGGCGCGGGCUGGUGGCGCGCAUCAUCAUGAUCGGCACGCUGACGGGGCUGCAGUGGUUCGUGUACGACGCGUUCAAGGUGUACACCGGCAUGCCGCGCCCGCCGCCCGCCGACAUGCCGGACUCUUUGAGGAAGAAAUUGGGAAAGUAG